AUGGAUGCUCGGAAGAAAAAGAGAAAGGUGCUCUUGAUGGGCAAGAGUGGAUCGGGGAAGUCAUCCAUGCGCUCAAUCAUCUUUAGCAACUACGUCGCAAAGGAUGUCCGACGCCUAGGCGCUACAAUUGAUGUGGAGCACAGCCACGUCAAGUUCAUGGGUAACCUCACAUUGAAUCUAUGGGAUUGCGGAGGACAAGAUGCCUUCAUGGAAACCUAUCUCGCCUCGCAGCGCGGCAACAUCUUCUCAGACGUCGCAGUCCUAAUCUACGUAUUCGAUAUCGAAUCACGGGAAGUUGAACGCGACCUAGAAACCUACCACUCGAUAAUCGAAGCCCUGCGCGAAUUCAGCCCAAACGCCUACGUCUUCUGUCUCGUGCACAAAAUGGAUCUUAUCCAAGCCGAGCACCGCCAACGCAUCUACGACGAGCGUUCCGCCGUAAUCCGCAGUCGAUCCAGCGAUUUCCGCGUCGACACCUUCGCAAGCAGCAUCUGGGAUCAAUCGCUGUACAAAGCCUGGGCCGGAAUCGUGCACAAGCUCAUCCCGAACCUAGUCGUCAUCGAGCGCUUCCUAACUGCCUUCGCGAAGAAAAUUAACGCCGAAGAAGUCAUCCUCUUCGAGCGUUCCACUUUCCUCACCGUGACCUCCGUGACAUCCGAAGUCGGCGACCUCAAUCCAAUCUACGACCGCCACGAACGUCUCUCGAAUAUCAUGAAAGCGUUCAAGCACUGCGCCGCAAGAAACACACUCACAACGCCGGCUUCGGCGGGCUUCGUCGUCAUGCACACGAAAACCCCCCAGUUCAAUAUCUUCCUCGGCCGAUUCACGGAUAACACUUACAUCUUCCUGGUUGUGCCUCCCGGCGAGGCUUCGUACAACUGCGCCGUGCUCAAUACCAUGCUUGCCCGUGAAGGAUUCUCGAAAGCUGCUGCCGGUAGCGGUGGUGGUGAUGGGUUCCCUCUUCCUCCGCCGGAAUCAGCGGAUGAUCAUGCGACGAAUGGGAAUCCCGUUUAA